AUGACGUUGAAUGAUCAUCCGACUUUUCUUCGACACAAACUAUCGUACACCUACAAAAAUUGUCACUGGAAAACAAUGUUAUCUUACAUUCGUCGCUUCUUUAAAUUUAUUCAUUGGCUUUAUCUUCAGUAUCUCUUAAAUACUGCCCUGUACAUGCUCGAACCUUGGGAACGAUUGCUGUUCUCAACCUUAUUAUUCGCGAUACUUUCCACAGCUCUCUACUCGGCAUUAGUGUUCCUUCCACAUCAUGUUCGCUCAAUGAUACAAUUCUACUCGUGA